CGGGAGAAAACAGGAAAAGAGGGGGCAAGGAAACAUGGCGCUCAUUCCGUCGCAGGUGCUGAGGGUUGCCAUCCUUCUGUCAUAUUUCUCCAUCCUCUGCAACUACAAGGCUAUUGACAUGCCUGCUCAUCAAACGUACGGCGGGAGUUGGAAGUUUCUAACGUUCAUAGACCUGGUGAUCCAGGCUGUGUUCUUCGGUGUCUGUGUGCUGACCGACCUGUCCAGCCUGCUCACUAAAGGCAGUGAGAGCCAGGAGCAGGAGAGACAACUCCGCAAGCUGAUUGGCCUACGAGACUGGAUGAUGUCCGUGCUGGCCUUCCCCAUCGGGGUGUUUGUGGUGACCAUGUUCUGGGCGCUGUACCUGUAUGACAGAGACCUGGUGUAUCCCAGACUUCUGGACAGCUUCAUACCCCAGUGGUUGAACCAUGGCAUGCACACCACGGUUCUGCCCUUUAUCAUCAUCCAGAUGAGGACCACACACCACCAGUAUCCCAGCAGGCCUAGCGGCUUGGCAGCCGUGUGCACCUUCGCAGUAGGAUACGUUGUAUGGAUGUGCUGGGUGCACCAUGUGACGGGGGUGUGGGUGUAUCCCCUGCUGGAGUACAUUGGGCCCCUGGCCAGGGGGCUGUUCUUCUCCUGCCUCAUGCUCCUCCUCUGCCUCUACUACAUCCUGGGGGACAUCCUCAACACCUACAUCUGGGACCCCUCCAGCAGAGGUUGUCUGGACACAGCCAAAGCAAAAGCAGAUUGAGGGCGGCCCGUCAGGCAGUGGAACCCCCUCGCAGAC